UGUUUCCCACGGGUCUGUGUGAAAGGGAGCCUAGGAUCUCCUCACGUCAGUGGGGCUCCAUAAAUAAAGGUCUGGCAGCGCUUACUUCAGCUGUGUAGCUUCUUCAGUUUUGUAUAAGAGAAAAAAAAAACAUUUAAAAAAACGGGCUCCUUCGUUAAACCCGGCAGGCGUUAAAUAAAAGUUACCGCUGCCGUCCGUUUUCCUGGACUUGCAGGCUCUGCUGAAUGUUACAUCACACGACCAUAUUGUAAAACAAAAGUACCUCGUUCCAUUAGCGGUGCCUUACAGGUUCAAUUUAUUAAUCUUGAGAAACAUUUAUAAUGGAACAUUUCAUAAACUUCACUAACCAAAGCCAGGGAAGGGACCGGAUUUUCAGAGCUACGCAGUACGCAUGCGCCUUGCUGAAGUAUUUGAUACGAAAUAAGGCCGCAAGGGCAGAAUUAGCAAGAAAGCUGGACAACCUGGAAAAGAAUAUGAGCGCAGGGAGGAAAUUGUUCAGGCUGGGGAACACCGUGAGCUCUGUGCAUGCAGCCAGGCGGACUCUGCAGCUCUCCGAUCCCGUCCUGCGCGCCUGCCUGGCCGCGGCCCACCUGAGCCGCGCGCUGUACUUCAUCUGCGAUAACCUGCUGUGGGCCAGGAGCCUCGGGUUCCUCCAGCACCUCGACAAGGAGCGCUGGGGCCUGCUCGCCUCGCGCUUCUACCUCGUCUCCCUGCUCCUGAACCUGGCGCGGGACCUGUACCAGAUCUCCCGCAUCAUGGGACGCAGAGCCCGGGAUAAGCAGGUCCAGGAGAAAAUCAGCCGGCACCUCGGCAGCAACGGGGACGUGGCGUGCAUGGUGGUCCCGAAGCUCGACGCCUUUCUGCUGCUCCUCUGCGAGAGCCUCCGGAGCCACCCCCCCCUGCUCCUGGACACGGUGAAGAACGUCUGCGACCUCUUCAUCCCAAUGGACAGCCUCCGCAUAUACAAGACCAACCCGGGGGUGGUGGGGUUUUGUGGGCUGGCCUCCUCGGUUUUGGGAAUACUCUCAGUCCUGCAGCCGAGCUUGAAAGUGAAACCGUAGCUGUGCGCCGGCGGAGGGGACAAGGUGGCUGGUGGUGCGAGAGAGAUUGCUGAGCGCUUUGGUGCUGCGGCUUGAGCUGCAGAGGUUUAUGGGUAGUGAUCACUAACAAUCCUAAUGCUGUUUGCUGACUUUCUGUAGUCGGGGGGUGCUGAUCUUGCUCCAUAGGGGGUAUUACUCCUUCACUGGCAGGGAGCAAAUUAGCACCUGUUCGCAAGAGGAAACCGUGCUGCCAGUGCAAGUGUGGGGUUUUCCCUUAUAUAAAGGGGGUUAAUCAUAAAAAGAGAGGAUUAAGAAUUCAAUCUGGAAAAGAAUACUAAUGUCAACCUAAUUUCAGUUUCUUAUUAUUUAUAAUUUUUGAAAGGGAUGCACGUCUGGGAGAUUGUAAUGAGAGGACCACAGAGCGACAGAACACUUCACUUAGUAUGAGGAGAAGAACUAUCUACUCUGUGCUGUUGAAAAUUCUGCUGUCUGCUUAAUUGAAACAACAUCACAUUCAUAAGUGAAAGAAAGAAUUCAAAGAUUAAGUUUAAUGACAAUAUUUUCUUGAAAAUAUGAUUAUUCCAUAAAGCAAAUAUCUUUCAAUCCACUACCUGGUAUGAUGUUGGCUAAAUCAAGGAAGCACUGUAUUUUUUCUACCUACUUACAGAGACUUGUCUGUGUUAAUGAGGUAGAUAUUGAAUGCACACACCUGCUUCUACUGCCAGCUGUUAGUACUAUUCCUACCUCACACCCAUUUGGUACCAGAACUUGUUCUCUAGUUAAAUUAUUUCUUUCUAGUCAUUCCUACAAAUUAUGUUAACCAAUAGAAAAACUGUUCUUGAUUAAUAAUAUUGUAGCGCUUUCGGGUUCACGUGGGUAUGCAUCCUCGCCGCUGACGCCUCAAGUCGGCCCCCCACCGCUGGGGGCUCGAACCUGGGCCUCUGGAGUCACUCAACAGGGACCCAGCCGGCUUAGCUAAAGGGAGAUCUCCCCUCAGCUCAGCGGCUGAGGUCCCUGCUAUUC